GUAGAAAAGCAAACAACAAAUGCAACAACAUUUUGGCGUUCUCCCGGGCUAAAAGCAAGUGUAAACAAAGUUUGCCGGAACUUCGUGCGAAAAAUAUUAUCGUACAAUGGGGCGUAGAAAAUCGAAAAGGAAGCCACCACCAAAGCGGAAGAACAUUGAACCGCUGGAUCAACAAUUUAACUGUCCAUUCUGCAAUCAUGAAAAAUCCUGUGAGGUAAAGAUGGAUAAGCCCAAAAACUCUGCAAAGAUAUUAUGUCGCGUAUGCUUGGAGGAGUAUCAAACGUCGAUAAACUUCCUGUCGGAACCGGUCGAUGUGUACAACGAUUGGGUGGACGCUUGUGAGACUGCAAAUUAAGUACGCAAAUGAUCAGCGCGGAGUUUUGGUAUAUAAUAAGGAAACUAAUGUGUAAUGUGUAACAAGAAUAAAUCAAUUUGCUAAGGUA